AUGGCAUCCUGCUCGUCAUCGUCAUUUUAUGGCCGAGGUAAUCGUCGUGGCAACAGAAAUUCUCACUCAGCAUCACAUCAACCAGUCGGUUAUCCAUUUCGAUUGAAUCCCACAGCAUGUCAUGAUAUUACCGGUGACCCAUUUUCUGAGCACCAACUUCGUGCACUACGCAAUGAUGAGUCGACAUCUCAACUCGCUUUGAAACAUCGUCAUUCACCAAUUGCAUAUGCAAAUUGUUCAAAUUCCACUGAUAUUCACCCAGAUUUACGGCGUCUUCUGCGAAAACUUGUUCAAAUUCAAACAAUAAAUUCAGUUUUGACAGGCUCAUAUCGUCUUGAAAAUAUGGAAAAAAUUGAACUAGACAAACGACGUAUGUUUGAAGCAGCUGAACGUACAAAACUCUACACAAAUGAACAUGAAUACAAAAAGCCAACGAAAACAUAUGAUAAACCAGUUAUUUAUGUAGUUGAAGGAGAUUGUCUAGAAGCGGGGCUACUUUUCAAGAAUGGUGAUUGUAAACCAGUUGUGCUAAAUAUGGCAUCGGCAUAUCAACCUGGAGGUGCCGGUGCUCAAGAAGAAAAUCUUCAUCGUCGAACAAAUUUGUUUCAGUGUUUAGAAGAUCCUUAUCAUCAAAUAAAUCGUGAUUGGCCCUAUAAUGUACCAAUGUUUGGUGGAAUUUAUACACCGAAUGCUUGUGUAUUUCGUGGUUCCGAAUCAGAUGGUUACCCAUUCUUGUCACAUCCACAAUACCUAUCAUUCAUAGCUGUAGCUGCCUUCAAACAUCCACCGUUAGAAACAAAUAAUCAAACGGGUGAAUUUCAGCUAAGUGGUAAAAAACUCAUUCAAGAAACGAAAAAGAAAAUUGAAGGAAUUUUUCAAAUUGCCAUUGAAAAUCAACAUGAUACAAUUAUAUUGUCAGCAUUCGGAUGUGGUGCAUACGGUAAUCCGGCUAAACAUAUAGCUCGACUAUUCAAAGAAGUUUUAGAUAAUGAUGAACAAUUUUCAAAGUCGUUUCGUUUUAUUGUAUUUGCUAUUAUUAAUGACCAAAAUGCCUAUUCGGAACGAAAUCCUCAAGGCAAUGUUCAACCGUUUUCUGAAGUAUUUCAAGUAAAAUCUUUAACAUUAGACGAGUUAAAAGAAGAUCUAAAACAAAUGGAAAAACAAAUGGAAAUGAUUUUACUCAUAAUGUCUUUCUUAGAAAGUGUGAAAACAUCUGGUCUUGAUCAUUAUUUUAUUCGUAAAUCUUGUUCCUCUUUAUUUACGAAAAAUGAAGAUGUUCUUUUGUACACAACAAUUGAUAAAAAAUAUUUACAAUUAUUUUUAUUAUUGGAAAAUAUAGAUGAACAAACAUUGCAACAUCGUUUAUGGUUAAUUAAUCUUGAUGAAAAACAAUUGGAAUUGUAUCGUCAUUUAUUAAAUAUAGAAAAAUUACACGAUUUUCUAAUAUUUUUACAUCAAAAAUUGCAAUUAAAAGAAUUUGAAUUAUUAAAAUCAUCAGCUACCGAUGAAAUUAAUCUAGUUUUGACAAAUUCAAGUGCUGCUAAAAAAGAAACGAUUACAAUUACAUUAACUGAAUUAUCAGAUGAUAUUGAAAAAUUGCAUUAUACUACAAAGAUAUUGUUUUAUUUAUAUAGACAAACUGAACAUUUGUCAGUAGAAUGUAAAACAUUACAACAACGUGUAUCACAAUUAGUACAAGCAAAACAUAUUGAACGUGGUGAUGGAGAUGGGCAAGGAAAAUUAUACGAAUCAAAUUAUCAUAAAUCCGUAUUAUUAAAACCGGAACAACGAGCAAAUAUGAGUAUUAUCAAUCCAACUUCUAAAAAACGAAAACGAGCAAAAGGUGUUAACUAUGGAGAUGAUGAUUAA